GCCACCUCGCUGGCUGGCUCAGGGAGUUCAGCGCGACGCUGCCGCUUUCGCACCCUGGUGCUGCGACAAAAACCUGUCUUCAGUGCUCGAUUGUGUUCCUUUUCCGUGCCGUAUCGGACACCACUGAGAUCCACCCCUUACUCUCCGUGAUUCUCCGGUCAGAUUGGUGGUCGGAUCUCUGGAUUUGAGCUCAAUUUGAGGGAGAGGGGGCUUGGGUGGGAGUUUGAGCAGGGCAGAGCAGGGUAGAGUGAAGGAGGGAGCUCUGCGCGCGUUUGAGAUUUGUUGACGUCGAGAUGGCGGACUUUGGCGGAGGACCAGACGAGGACAAGAAUAUUACGAUAUGGAAAAUUAAGAAACUCAUCAAGGCCUUGGAGUCGGCUCGCGGCAAUGGAACGUCCAUGAUUUCGCUCAUCAUGCCUCCUAGGGAUCAAGUUUCCCGGGUGACUAAGAUGCUCGGAGACGAGUUUGGGACAGCUUCCAAUAUCAAGAACAGGGUGAACAGGCAGUCCGUGUUGGGAGCCAUCACGUCUGCGCAGCAAAGGCUGAAACUGUACAACAAGGUGCCCCCAAACGGGCUGGUGCUGUACACAGGCACAAUUGUGACGGACGAUGGCAAGGAGAAGAAGGUGACGAUCGACUUCGAGCCGUUCAAGCCCAUCAAUGCAUCGCUGUAUCUGUGCGACAACAAGUUCCACACGGAGGCGUUGAACGAGCUGCUGGAGUCGGACGACAAGUUCGGGUUCAUCGUGAUGGACGGAAACGGGACGCUGUUUGGGACUCUGAGCGGGAACACGCGCGAGGUGCUGCACAAGUUCACGGUGGAUCUACCGAAGAAGCACGGUCGUGGAGGGCAGUCGGCGCUGCGUUUCGCUCGGCUGCGGAUGGAGAAGAGGCACAAUUACGUGCGGAAGACGGCGGAGCUGGCGACGCAGUUCUACAUCAACCCGGCGACGAGUCAGCCGAAUGUGUCAGGGUUGAUUCUGGCGGGUUCGGCGGAUUUUAAGACGGAGCUGAGCCAGUCGGACAUGUUCGAUCCUCGGCUGCAAGCGAAGGUGCUGAACGUAGUGGACGUGUCGUACGGGGGGGACAACGGGUUCAACCAGGCGAUCGAGCUGUCGGCGGAGAUUCUGGCGAACGUAAAGUUCAUACAGGAGAAGAGGCUGAUCGGGAAGUACUUCGACGAGAUCAGUCAGGACACGGGGAAGUACGUGUUCGGGAUCGACGACACGCUGAAGGCUCUGGAGAUGGGGGCGGUGGAGACAUUGAUCGUGUGGGAGAACUUGGACACGAACCGAUACGUGCUGAAGAACGCGGUAACUGGGGAGAUCGUGAUCAAGCAUCUCACCAAGGAGCAAGAAGCGGACCAAUCCAACUUCAGGGUGUCAGAGUCUCAGGCAGAGUUGGAGGUUCAGGAAAAGUUGUCACUUUUGGAGUGGCUUGCUAAUGAGUACAGGAGUUUCGGUUGUGCGUUGGAAUUUGUUACGAACAAGUCUCAGGAAGGGUCACAGUUUUGUCGAGGAUUUGGAGGAUUCGGUGGAAUUUUGCGUUAUCAACUUGAUAUGCGCACGUUUGACGAAUUAUCAGACGGAGAUUACGAUGAGGAUUUUGAUGAGGAUUAUUAGAUGAACAUAUGCGAUUAGUAUGACCUCAAGAACUCCAAUUUAGGCUGCAAUUCAAUGGAAAAUUAUUUCUACCAAAUUUACCUUGCACUAGGUUACAAAGACGGUCACGGUGGAUAUAUUUUCAUCUCAGUGGGUCUAGGAUGUAAUUAUAGUAAGCAUUUGGUGGGAGUUGUGACCAAGCUCCAUUGUUAGCACGUAUGCUCUUGGCACAACUUUUUACGGGUAAUCCUCGGUAGCGGGAUGUGAGCUGAAGUUGUGUUCUGCAAACUUGUACAGAAUAGAGUAAGUAGGAAGAUUGCAAGAGUGGCGAGUAGGCAAUGUGUGCACCCUCAAAAUGGAGGUGCAUCCUCAGAAAUUUUGUCUCAAAGUUCGGGGAUUAGUUCAAGGCACUGGUAACUGUUCUGGUUGCUUUGAGGCUACAUUGCUGUAUAUUGCCCAUGAGAUCUUGAUUUCUGCGGCCAGAGUGAACGAAGCACACGUAGUGUACAAUUUGUGCAAACCCUUUCAGUUGAGAGCUAUCUAUAGCCCAACUUCAGAUAAUUUAAUAACUUUGAUGAUUUCUCUCUA